UUUCAAGAGAAGCGAAGUCAAGAUGAAGAGCUAUUUGCUUUUCUGGGGUGUGUUGGCCAUUUUUGCUAAGGCUGUUCUUGUGACAGCCCAAGAUGAAGAUGAAAGUGUUGUUCUUGCGGACAACAAAUGUCAGUGUACUCGGAUAACUUCCAGGAUCAUCCCAAAUCCUCAUAAUCCUAGUGAAGAGAUUGUGGAGAGAAGCAUCAGAAUUAUUGUUCCUGUGGGGAACAGGGAGAAUAUUACAGAUCCUUCCUCUCCAAUGAGAACCGAAUUUGUGUACCAUUUGGCCGACCUGUGUAAAAAAUGUGAUCCUAUCGAAGUGGAGCUGGAUAACAAAGUAGUUACUUCCUCCCAGAGCAAUCUGUGUGAAGAUAAUGAAACUUGCUACACUUAUGACAGAAACAAGUGCUACACCAAUAGGGUCCCAAUUACCUUUGGUGAUAAGAGCACUGUGGUGGAAGUAGCAUUGACCCCAGAUUCCUGCUAUCCUGAUUAUUAUUAUUAAGUCAUUGCUAACUGCACAUUUAUUUUGAAAGGCCCUCCAUUUAGAUCUCAUGCAUUUGUUACUAAUCCAUUUGAAACCGUGAUUUUUUUUUGACAAUUAAAAAACUAUCCCAGCCCAUAACUGAAAGAGUGACAUUUUAUUUUAACUAGAUAAUUACUUCUCAAUUGUAAGCUCAUGUUAUAAAUAUUGAAAUCUCUGUUAUCAUCCUUACCUAAGUGUCUGUCCUGAAGAAAAAAAUUUCUAGCAGUAAAAUGAAAAAGGAAUAAUUAAAAAAAUAGACAAAAUAAAAGUCAGAGUAAAACAGGAAGUUUGGUUAAGUCAUCCCUCUCUUUUUGACUUUGCCUUGGAGAACCAAAGCUUUUGCACAUUUUAUUUCAUUUUUAAAAAGCAUCACUGUGUAGAGAAAAUUUAUAAAUGUAAACAUGUCAAUUAUAA